AUGACAGAAGUGACAAAUCUUUCAGUUGAACAAGAUGAAAAUAUUCAAGAUGUAUUGGAAUUUGAAGAUAAUCUUGAAAAGAUGUCACGUGAUUUGGUCUCGGAUAUUUUAAGUCGAGCUAAAUCCUCAGUUGUAAAUGAAUCAUCUAAUUCAGAACAAAUUAUGUUAUCUUUACAAGAUUCGGCAUCACCAAUACCACAGUUAUCAAUAUUGAGUCCAAAUUCACCUGAAUGCUCUAGUAAAAAUGAUAAGAAUUCGGAAGAAUAUGCUAACUCGUUUCUCAGUGUAUCAUUAAAUCAACAGUCUGUGAUAAAUGAGGCGCUUCAGCCUUCAAACAUUCAUGAAGAAAUAACUAUCCAACAAAUACCAUUAGAAAGAAAGCUUUUUAAUCAGUGUCAAACAGAAUUCGAUUUCAAUUCAAAUACUUUGAAUGAUUUCAGAGGUAUUGGAGUUGGUUCAGCUACACCUGAUACCCCACGUCAUAGAGACUACCAAACGAAGUCCAGUAGAGAUUUACCUCUUACAAAUAAUACUAUUUUUACACCAUCAUACAACUCUUCUCAAAAACAUAUUUAUCUAAGAGAAAUGUCUCCUUCACCAUCAAGUCUUUCAUAUGAUUUAAUUAGAGAUAAUUCAAUUGCAUUGUCUCAACCAACCAAUCCAAAUUAUACUGAUGAAUUCAUGACAUCGUCUAGAAUGUUAACAUAUAGACAAGAUGCUCCAACAGUUAUAAAUACGAACGAUAUAGAACAGAAGUUGAAACCAUUCAGUUCACCUCUACCAGUUUAUAUUCCUUCUACAGCAUGUACACGUAUUCUUAAACAUUCUGGAAUUCAUAGAUUUACAGGUAGCUAUGAUUCACAAUUGAGCAAAUUUAAAUACAAUGAUUUUGAAAUUGAUAAAUUACCAUACAGUGAUAGAAUAUCUCCUGAAUUAGAAAAACUAACUAUCGAAUAUGAAAGCGAUAAUUACAAUACAAUAAAUAAGAAACAAAAUCAUAAACCAAAUAUACCUCGUUUACAAUUACCUUCAAGUCCAAAAGUAUCUUAUUCACCGAAAACUAAUCAAACAAAACUUCAUCGAUCUUCAUUAAAACGUGACAGCAUAACAAGUCGAUCAGAUAGUUUUAAAAUACCGAAAUCUACAAGCUCAUCAUUGUGUUGGUGGGAACCACUUGAUUGUCAUGAUGCUCAUGCCAUAGAACACGAACAAGAAGAAGACGAAGAACAAGGAAGGAGAAAUAAUCAUUCAUCAUAUCAUUAUGAUAAACCGAACCUACCUGAACCUAAUCCAGAAGUAUUAAAACGUUAUUAUUACUUAUGUGCUCAACAACCAAUGAAAGAAGCUUCUCUUAUGAAAGCAAUAAAUGAAGCUGAAUUAAAAGCUAAAUAUGAUAAAAUGGCACAUUAUGAAUUUUUACGUAGAAAAUCUUUACAACGUUGUCAUAGUCAUCAUCAUCAUCAGCAUCAGCAUCAUCAUUAUAAACGAACUAGGUUUUCUAAUUCACAUCAAUCUAGAAAAUUUGACAUUGAAUCGAAAUAUUUGAAUCAAAUAAAUCCAAACAAUACGUCGAAUUUAUGUAGACCGGAAAAUUUUAUUUACUUAUUACAAAAAGAGAAUAAACCGAAGAAACCUUCUCAAUAUCCAAGUGAAGACAAUUUUUGUUCAAUGGUGAACAAAUCAAAAAAUCAACGAUCAGCGUUGAGUAGUAGUACAAUUCAUAAUGUAAGUCAUUUGAAUUGA